AAUGAUUACAACAUCUUUCACCAGCACCACACUAAAAUGGAGAACAUUCUUCAUUCAAAAAGAAAGRAGAACAGCACAUAUACCUUUCUUGUGUUCAAUAUUUUGAAUAAGAGUGAUGACAUUUCUCAUUUACCACAAAUCAAAUGGGGAAAUGACCCCGAAAAAGAUGCUAUAAAAGCAUUUAUGUCUGAUGUGGCAUUACAGCAUGCAAAUGGACUUAAUGGAUUCAGACAAUGUGGCUUGUUUAUAAAGUCUGAUUAUCCAUUUCUUGCUGUGUCUCCAGAUGGUAUGUUUUUAUGUGAUUGUUGUAUUCCAGCUGUACUUGAGUUGAAAUGCCCAUACAAAGUAAAAGAUGAAGACAUCACCUUAGAAGCCACUUACAAACGUGUUGACUUUCUAGAAGAUGUGGAGGGGAAGCCAAGCCUUAAGCGUUCGCACAAAUACUACACGCAAAUUCAAGCCCAGAUGUGGGUAACAGGCACUGACCAUGGAUAUUUUAUUGUAUGGACUAAAGGACACAAACCAAUGUAUGGAAGAGUGGAGCUUGAUAGGAAUUUCUGUAACAUUGUUGUGAACAAUAUUACUCUGUUCUACAAGACAUAUGUUUUGCCAUGCAUGUUGGGGUAUAGAGACAUAUACCAAUGCCCAAAAUGUGAUGAUGUUAUUCUAGAAGUGCCGGAGAUCAGCACUCCAGAAACCGAAAACAGCAUUAGCUGUGACAAAUGCAAUACUUGGUGGCACCUGACAUGCACUGGUCUGUCAGAGGAUGUUGCAGAUUCUCUGGAAUCAUGGGUCUGCACCAGCUGUCUAGUUGAUAUGUCCCAUGUUGACAGUGCAUCAGACAGCGAUAGUGUUCCUGAAGUGGAUUUAAUGUACACUACCCUUGAUAUUGAUGAACCAUCUACUAGUGGUUUGUAUCAAAAAGACAAUGAUUUAUGCAGUGUAUGUUUAAGGCAAGAUAUCCCUGUGGGUCAGGAACAUAUAUGCACCAUUUGCAAGAAAGCUGUCMAUGCAUGGUGCAGUAAUCAUGAGGACAUUACCAGCUCAKCUGACUUGCUAUGUGCACUAUGUUGCUAA